AUGGAGCUGCUACCAGAUGCGAUUUCAGAGAUUGGGUUUGUGCCGGCGCAGAUCUGGUUCUACACUGGCGUUGCGUUCUUUGCAGUAGUGGUGGCGUUCAUACCGGAACCGGACAUGGCCAGGGAUGUGAAAGGCAGCGGCGACGGCGAGAGCAAAGACGACAAGGAGAGCACACGGCACCGCGCCAGGGUGCUCAUGUCGGGGCUCAUCACCGCGCUGGGCAUCGCGCUGCACAACUUCCCCGAGGGCGUCGCCGUGUUCCUGGCCGCCCACAAGUCCAGCUCAAUAGGCCUCAGCCUGGCCCUAGCCAUCGCACUCCACAACAUCCCCGAGGGCGUGGCCGUCGCGCUGCCCGUGUACUUUGCGACUGGCAGCCGCUGGAAGGGCUUCAACACCGCAGCACUGUCCGGCCUGGCGGAGCCGCUGGCGGUGGUUGUGCUGGCGGUGCUGCUCCCAAAUGGGCAGUUGCCGCACGCGUGGGUCGAGAUGAUGCUGGCGGCUGUCGGCGGCAUCAUGGCGUUCAUCGCGUUCCACGAGCUGCUGCCCCUGGCCCUGGAGCACGCCGGCAAGAGCAAAGCCACCGCCUCGAUGUUUGCCGGCAUGGCGCUCAUGUCCUUCAAUCUGUAUUUCGUGCACACGUUCUUUGCGAUGGACGGCUGA